AUGGAGGUGCCACAUCGUUUCUUCAGAAUCAUUACUCCUCCACAAAACCAUAAUACUCGUCUGAUGCUUCCCAGAUCCUUUGUCAACAAUUGGAGACACCAACUUGGUGACACAGUACGAGUAAUUGCAUAUGAUGGUAUAAUUAUCACAAUACGAUUGGAAAGAGAUAAUGGAAGAAUAUAUUUUGCCGAUGGAUGUGAACAAUUUUUUGACCAUCAUAACUUACAGGAUGCUCAUGUUUUGGUAUUUGAAUAUAACGGAAACUCCACAUUCAAUGUGACCAUAUUUGACCAUUCUGGCUUAGAGGUCACAUAUGACUCCGAUGUUCCCGAAGAAUACAACGCUUCACAUACAGAUAACCCUGCAUUUGAAAUAACACUAACACCUCAUCACAACAGCCAUCGGGAAAUUGUAAGUGUCAUCUUUAAUAUCUAA